AUGUCUGGAACCGUGUUCCAGCCACAACGUCAACCCUACAAUAAUAGUAAGACCAACAACCAAAAGUACGAGUUCAGUGAAUCGCCGACAAACAACAUUCGUCCUUCCCAGCCGAACACCACGAGAACGACCCCAGAUUCUGGACUGGGCGCCGACGAUCAAAACAAGCACGAAAGAGCCCCACCGGGAUUCGCUAAUCAACAAACGACAUAUUACUCUGAUCAGAGGAAAAUGCGCGGACAACAACCGCCAGUUGGAGGCCCGAAUAACACAUACGAGCAACCGCCGCCUGGACCUGGCCCAAUGCAGUAUAGCCAGGAAGGUAAUACCUUCGAUUCGAGACCUCCACCGGAUCAAGCGUAUCCGCCAUAUGAAGGAGCAAUGCCAGCAAGAGGAAUGCAAAGAGUAUAUCCGGGACAACAAUAUUCCAUGGACAAUAAUACUGGAUAUGACGAUCAGAAUGGAAAUGGCCAAUAUGUGAUGCAUCCACAAAACGAGGGGUACGAUCAUCCACAAAACUAUGGCCCACAGUCAGGAAAUGUUCCUAUGCUGAAUCCAACCUAUGAGCAAAACCAAAUGGAUCCUAACCAAAUGUAUCCACAUCCGCAGGGAGGCUAUAAUGGAAUGACACGGCCACCACCACCGCCGCCACAGGCUUACCAACAGACAGUGUAUGCUGGAACUCCGAUGCAGCCCGGAGGACAAUUUCCGCCUGGACCAAAUCAAUUUCGUCAAGCGCCUCCACCUCAAAUGCAUCCGCAAGUCCAUCCGAUGAAUAUGCAAGUUCCUCAACAGCAAGCUCACGUGCCAAAUCCGUAUUACGUUCAGCAACCAAUAAGUGCGUAUAUGGCCCAACCGUCGCAAGCUUCAACACCAAACCUAUUCAUGCCGAUGCCGAUUCCAAGAGUAUUCCGAGCUACAGAUAUUUCCUCUAGUUCAGGUCCGUCUGAUAAAGAUCGCGGUCAAAAUUACGCAAAAUCGAAGCGGAACACCAGAUUCAGCGGAUCACAGCAAAAUGACAAAACACAGGAAAUGACGCCGGAUCAAGUCAUCGGUCCGUAUGAGCCACAACCAGCGCAACCUCCUCAACAGCAGCAAGCUAGUCAAGAGUUCGCUCCAAAUAUGCAAGCACAACAAUACCAAGGCGGCCCGCAGCGGGUUAUGGCUGCACCGAUGGCCUACACUCCGCACGGAUAUCCUCAAGAACAGAUGCAGAUGCAGCAUGUUGCUGCGUAUCCAGGUCAACCGAACUGUCCACCAGUCCAAGGAAUGCCUAUGCAGAAUGUUCAAAUGAUCCCACCAAAUGCCCAACAGAAUGCUCCGUACCAGCAACAUUAUCCGAGCGCUCCAAUACAAGGACCUGCAAUGUACCAGCAUCCCUAUCAAUCAUCUGCUCCACAACCACUCAUUAGCAACAAUCCUAUAAUGCAAGGAUAUGCUCCGCGAGGCGGCCAUGUCGCCAUGAAUCAGCAAGGAUAUGCGCCAUUCGCUCGUGGAGGUCGUGGGCGUGGUCGUGGCAGCUACCGAGGAGAUCAUUCGUUCCAUUCACGACAGAAUUCCAACCAGAGCUACGAUGGAAGAGCCCACUAUCAGAAUACGAGCUAUCGUCAGUAUGUUGAGCCGACUCAGGAGCCUGUUCCGGAUGAGGAAAUUGCUAUGCUAUCGAAUCGUGUGGAACGGCUUGAGCCGGCGUCGAAUGCGCGCAAGGAGUCGCCAAACAAGCAGCUUCUAAAGCUGAAUGAAUCGAAAAUGAAAGAGUCUCCAGAAACACCUGAUAUUGAGGAAGUUGCAAAGCCCGAAAACACAUCUCCCGUGUCAGCUGAUGAAGUGAAAGAGGAAGUAACGACGACUGAAGAUGAUGAGCAGAAGUUGCUACAGGAGCAAACGAAGAAAUUAGGGAAGGAAUUAGUAUGUUACAAGUGUCUCAGCGAGAAAAAGCCGAAGAGCGUAUACGAAUCGCACACUAUUCGCAAACCGAAUGGGGCCUGUUGGUGCCCGUCUCUGCGAGCGCAGGUUUGCGAAAUUUGUGGCGCCACAGGCGACAAUGCACAUCCCAAUAUAAUGUGUCCUGAGAAGAAAACGGCUGAGAAACAAGAACCAGAAAAUGUUCGCAGUGAAUCGGCGAGUUCACGGGACUCUUCUCGCGUUCGAGACACGGAUCCUCAAGAUCCGAUAUCGUCGCGUCGAAAUUCGGAGCGUGAAUCACAUAGUUAUGAGUCGAGAGGACGGGGAAGAGGUGGUUCAAACGGUGGAAAUCGCGGAGUAUUCUCGUCGCGAGGCGGAUAUCGUGGUGGAAACCGGGGAAACAAUAGUAGAGGCGGUGGAAAGGGUGGAUAUGACAAUCGAAAACAUUAA